AUGAAUACGGAGUAUCUCUCGUACGAUAUUUUAGAAGAGCACUUUAUAAAAAUCUACCGAUGGUACGGUCAUGUUCAGACUAUAUUAGGAUCCUCCAGAAUGGACGUUCGGGACAGAUUCGUCACCGCACCAUCUAAAUAUCACAAAUUAUAUACCAUAGCUUUGGUUGUUGGCUCUACAUAUUUAUAUAUCUAUACAAACAAACUAUUAUAUGAUAAUAAAGCCUCCAACCAUUCAUAUUCAUACUAUAUGUACUUUUGUGUAAUGCUACUAAGCUAUGUUUCGUAUAUUUGCAACAUUAUACAUGUCCGUUUCGUAAAUUCCGAUGAGAACUCUAAAUUCUUGGUUCAGUUGCAAAAAGUAGACCGUUUGAUGAAAAUUGAUGGCAACAAAAGUAUGUAUUCAUUUAUAUAUUAUACAAAUGUUCUUACAUUAUCGAUACUUUUGAUGUCAUAUAUAUUGCUAUAUGGGAUAUCGUGGUACAAAAAUAUAAGAGACGCAACUGAACUUUUGGGUGAAUUUUGCAAUGAAGUGACCUUCGCAAUAGAAAUGAGCCAGUGUGCGAACACGAUUGUAUUCUUUAUUACAAGAUUGCGAUUUUUAAAUUCUAUAAUAUUAAACCAUUUGCAAAAGGACGAUAACACGAACGAAAGCUUUUUUCCAACUAAAAACGGAAUGCGGUAUAUUGCCGCUAAAGCGCACGAUUUUGUAACAACUGACACUUUUGUUUGCCUAAGAGCAAUAUUAGACGCAUACAUUAAAUUUCAAAAACUUUAUCGAUUUCAGGAAUUAGAUUUUUUCAUUUAUAUGCAAAUUCCCUUCAUAACAACUUUGGACAUUUUUAUUUGUACAUUUCUGUGUGUGCGCAAUCAAUUAUUUUUCAAAGAAGUCGAUACGAUGAAAAGGUUGUGCACAAAGAUAAUGUGCGUUCAUUACAUAGGACCAUUGCGAGAUAAAGCUAAAAAAAUGGUGAAAUUGGUAGAAGAGGCACCUCCGAAAUUCUCUGUUUACGACAUGUGGGAAAUGGAUGUAUUCUUUAUGCUAAAAGUUUUUAACAUUCUCACUACAUAUAUGAUUACGACUUUACAGUUUGCUCUUCUUUAG